UUUGCCAACAAUCGUCCAUAAGCAGGUUAUAUGCUUACACAAUUCGCGAAGACAAAAAUGAAGCAAUCUCGGGCCUACUAAUCCGCUAACUUUAUUGGGUGAAGGGCAGCUAACUUUGGUCCUGAUGGAGCUGAUGUAAAGUCGACAUCGGGGUAGGGUUUUUCCCUAAGCUUAUGACCAAUGGCGAUCUUAGGAAAAAAUAAAACCAAGUAGACAGUGUUGAAUUAAAAAAAAAAAAAAAAAAAAUCGUUUUAGUGCGGUAGGUCCAGGAACUUGUCGUGUGUAUCAGGGUGGCAGGGGACCAGUUUGACAGACGUACGGUUUCCAUGGAGAACCGUUUACAUCACAGAAGAACGAGCUAAGUUAGAGUUAGUAGACGCCUGGCCUCCGCUCGCCAAAUGACAUUAUUAGUUAACUGUUAUAUAGUUAUUCGUUCGGGGCGCUACAUGUCGUGUUGGCUGUGAAGUAUGGAGACUUUUGGGCCCAAACCGCACUAAGUUUACCAGGUACCCGCGAAGUGCUACGACAGCUAAAGCUACUGUAUCAUGGUAUAUCCCAGCUCCACCAUGCAGUCAGAUGGGGAAAGUGGACUGUGCAUGGAGGCCCAGCUGUACCGUAAAGAAAGGGAAUGGAGGGAGCUCAAAGCGGUGAGGGUUCAUCAGCUGGAGAGUUCCCUCAAAAAGGCCCAGGAGGAGUGCUCUUCCCUCAGAGAACUCUACCAGCAACUGAGGGAAGAUUUCCAGUUCAACCUGGCCAUCCUGGAUGAACGAGACAGAGAGCUGGAGCGAUAUGAUGACAUAAUUGCCAGAGCUCUGACUAUGGAGCACAACAGGCAGAAGGAACUGAGCCAGCUCCGUAUGCAGAUCACCAGGCUGGAGGAGCAGAGAGCCAAAGAGGCUGAGGAGAGGCAGGAGGGGCUUGUUAAAAGUCGGCACAACGCAGCUCAGCACAGGCUGCAGCUGGACAAGCUUAAGCGCUCUAUGGCUGAUGAAAUUCAAAACCAAACAGAGGAGCAUGAGAGGAUGACAUGGGAUUUGCAGCGCAGAAUACAAGAGGUAGAGGGAGAGAUGACCCUACAGAGACAGGAGAUGACGGCUGCUUUUGACAGGGAGCUCAGACAGCGGAAACAUGAGUAUAACUUGAAAAUGGAUGAGAUGUGCGCUGUGGUGCUGUCUCAUGAUCUCAAGGUGAAGCUGCUGUCUAAAGAAACGGAAGAUCAUUUCCAGGCUCAGCGGCAGGCUACACAGGCUCUAAAAGCAUCUGAGGAGUUCUCUCGGCAUAUACAAACCCAGCUGCAACACAAAGACCGGGAGAUCCAAGAACUCACUGCUGUCAAGGACUGCAGAUAUGAGAAUGCGGUCCAGGCUCUGAGGGAGUGUGAUGCACAGCUGGAGGCUCAGCGUCAGGCCCACACAGAGCAGCUGCAGAAGGCAGAGAAACACAUUGUCGAGCUACAGGAGAAUAUGGAGGUUCUGGCUGCACAGGUGCACUGCAUACAGAGAGACCACCAGGAGGCCAUGGAACAGAAAGACGAGACAAUCCAGAGCCUUCGCAAAGAGGUAGAAACAACCCGGAUAGGCUGGGACAAGUACAUCAAUCAUGUCUCCGGUGAUAUGGUUGUCAAGAAUACAGAGAUGAUCGCCCUGCAGGAGAGAGAAACCCAACUUAGGACUGAGCUGGAGAGGAGCAGAGAGGACAUGGAGAGGUACAAGCAGCAGUUGAGUGCUGGUUUGAAGAGAGAAAGGGCCUUAGAACAGAUGCAAGUCCAAGUGGAGCUGGAGUGGCAGAGACACUGUGAUGACGUGAAGGCCAAACACUACCUUGCCAAUGAGCAGCUAAUACAAGACCUUACCCAAGCUAGAGAUCAGGCAAAAGCAGAGCUGAAGGAGAAAGAACAAGAGCUACAGGACUUGACUGUCUUAUUACAUUCUGUUAAAACGGAAAGAGACCAGGCAAUGAAGGGUCUCACACCAAAGGUAGACUCUCUGGCAUCAGAAGAAAUCCGUUGUUUGCAGGAGCAGAACAACAUCUUGCGAGCCGUGGUUGCCCAAAUGAGGAAGGACAUGGAGGGUCUCAGCCAUCCCCUACCCCAUCCCCAGGCCCGGCCCCAGGCCUCCUCUCCUCAGCCACUUCGGCAUCCAGAAGCCCCUGCCGACAUCUCCAUCACACCUACAGCUGAUGCUCAGGUGGCCAGUGGACCACUUCCCCAAUCCACUGAUAUCUCCUCCAAAGUCAGCCCAGCAGGUGGUCUGUUUCUAGAGAAAUGUGCCAAAACCUCUGUUUUGACGAAGCAGGAGGGCAGAGUGGCACAUACAGAGACUGCUCCCGCCAAUAUCACAGAACAGAGUGCAUUGAUGCAACAGCUCCAAGAGGAGAACCUGUAUUUGCGGCAGCAGCAGGCAUUGGGUCUAUUUGAAAAUGUCCAGGGUGCACGAAGCAACAUUCCUCUCCUCCGAAGCAGGCUGAAGCAGGCAGCGUCCUGUAUUGCCCGUCUGAGCAGCGAGAAACAGCAACUGAUAGAGAUGGGCAACCGCCUUCGUGCCCAGAUCACCACUGCUGGAUUACAGGAACCAGUGGAGCCAGAGAAGGACACCGCCACAGAGAAACAAGAAGACCAACAUGACCGGAUGUCUGCUCUGGAACAGCUGCAGUACCGACUCACCACACAGGAGCUGCAGUAUGCUCUGAGGCAGAGGGUGUGCACUGCUGCUGAACAGCUCCUCCCCGGAACCAACAACCAGAGUCCUACCACAAAAGUGGCUUCCAACCCAUGGUCCCAGGGUCACAAAAUCACAGACAGGUCUGAGAGCUCCACAAACAAAGAGAACACUCCUCUGCUCAGCCAGUCACGGAGCUCAUUGGACGCGGGGCCACGGCCCCACUCAGGUCUGUCCAGGUCUCGGUUGUCAUCAGAGGAAUCCCUUCAAUCCUUAAAGGAGCUGUGGGAGAUAUUAGACCAUGUACUCAGUUCAUCUAUUUACUCAGAAGGUAAAAGUGAGCCGAGUAGGAGGGAGAUGGCUGAGUCUGGUGAUGCUGGAGUCCAGAUGAUGGUGCAUGGCAUCAGUGCUCCCAUUUAUAGCCAGUCCCCAACUGCGGUCCAGCAGAGGAUGAACCCCUCUAAAACACCACCAAAAACUACCAAGACCAACAGACCUGGAGCCCCUGGCAAGAUCAGCAAGAUCAGAAACUACAAUGCUAAAGACUGACACACACAUGUAAGACAGUCUGUCAGUAUAUUGGUCCUACUCCGGCUGUGUUGUUGUAUAAAAUCUUCUAUGGCUCUGGAGGAGCUUUGUCAAGUCUGAUGUCAUCAGGGUUAUCUCAGCCAUAAAUUCAUAACAGAAAGCCUGUAUUACAAACUAGGUGCAUGGAAUUAGAAAGUGAGGGUCUAAUGAAAAGACAGUUUUAUUGAAUUUUUUUUAUUGAAGCUGGACCCAUACUAGGAAAUGAAGGUCACGAUAUCUCAGCCCCUGCUGCUUUGAUUUGUACCAUUAAUUUAUAAUCUGCCUCUAGUGAGUUCACCAGCUUUAUUGAAGUGGGCUUCUAAUCUUAGAGGUGCUAUAUGUAAGUUUAUACUGUCGCUACAUGGCCAACGUUAUAAUUAACAGCUUAUCACUUACCAAGCGCUUCAACCAUCGUUGAGUUUACAAGACAAGAGGCUAGAAUAGACUCUGUGGGCAGUGCUACUCCUUCAUCCUCUCAUGUUGGACUGAGGGCAGACUGUACGCUACAGUGGCUCACAUUUGAAAAGUAGUAUUACAAGACGGGACAGAGCUUACUGGUUAGCAUGCUCAUCUAAAUAGAAGAAAAGAAGUGAUAGAAAGAGAAGCACAACAAUAGUUAAAGUGGUAUUGCUUUCCACAUCUGGAGAUGGCUCUUGGCGAGUAAAGGGAUUAUGUUUGAUGCUGAACUUGCAACUUUUCUUCUAGACUGGUAAGUGAACAGCUAUUAAUGCUCACGUUGGCUAUGCAGCAGGCAAAACUUAGAAAGAAUACCUUUGAAGCAAAUAUGCUUUAUUUUUUUUUAAUUAUUUAUAGCUUCCUCCAAAUGAUCAUGAUGCCAUGAGUACACAGAAGAGUAAAAGCACCUACAAGAGAAAUGCACUCCAAAACAAUAAAUGCUACAAAUAGCAAAACACAUAACUCUUAAUGACAUUUUAUUUUAAAACUUAUGGUAAGAACAUGUAUAUAUGUUUUUACUGCUCUUUCCAACAUCAGAGUUCACAUGUCUGAGUAGUUGAAAACCACAAUAAAAUAGACCUAUAGGCUUUAUUGUGUUUAAUCCUAUUUUUACCUCCGCCAAAGAGGUUAUGUAAUCACCUGUGUCUGUUGGUUUGCUUGUUUAUUUGUCAGCAGGAUUAUGCAAAAAGUACAGAAACUACUUGCACCAAACUUGGAGGGAUGGGCCAUGGGCCUGAUCACUUUUUGUCGUUAAAUGUAUGUAUUGCUCAAAGCCAUUCUGUAUGUUUUAUUGCCUUGUAAUAAACUCACAUUUUUUAUUUUCUUUGCUUUUCGGAAAAAAGAAAAAACAAGAUUUGUUAUUCAAAUUGUCUUGUUUCAUUGACUCGGUUGCUACACAUGCAACAGUGACUCAUCAGGAAAAAGAUGCUAAUGUCUGCUGAAAAAGUCAAGUAAAGUUGUGAAUGGGGUCUUGACCAAAGUUACAGCACCCUGGCGGGUCAUGGAUAAAGCAUGGUCAAACCAUGAACUGCAACCUCCCCGGUUUGUGUCUGGCUGAGGAGCUUUGUUUGAUGUCAUCCCCAGUCUCUCUCUUAGCUCUUUUCCUGUCAUCUUUUAUGGAAGUAUAUCAACAACAAAAGGUUUGAGAGAAGACAAAACAAAUUCCAAGCGCUACUCAGUCUGCAA